AUGUCCGACGGCGGAACUCUUCCCAUGGAAAUCAUCACCGUCAUACUCUCUCGACUACCCUUCAAAUCUCUUUCCCAAUUCAAAUGUGUUUCUCCCUCAUGGAAAACCCUAAUCUCUUCCUCCCAUUUCGCUCAAAUCCGUCUCAAUCGAACCAAAGCCAUUCUCUUUACCAGCUCUUUCGAUCUCUACUCCGUAGAUUUCUCCGACGAGAGCCCGACCCCUGAAAAGCUUGAUCAUCCUCCGUUCAACCACAUGAGUGGCUCCGGGUCAGUGAGCUCUUGUAAUGGCCUCAUUCUAGUUUCCGAUAAAGGGUAUGUUAACUUCUUGUUGAAUCCAUCCACAGGUGAAUGGAAGCACCUGCCUUCCCCUUUUCGUCAAUACUCUUCAAUGGAUGGUUUUUAUCCACCUGGGUUGGGUUAUGUCUCAUCCACGGAUGAUUACAAGGUUGCGAUGCCCUUUUUUAAGGAAGGACGAGAACCUAAUCAUGUUGCUGUUACGAUUGUGGCUGUCUAUUCACUGAAAAAUGAUGCUUGGAGGACGAUUCAAGAUUUCCAUUAUCGUCCUGUGGGACGUUGUCGUGGGGUUUGCUUUAACGAGCAUCGCCAUUGGCUAUGUCGGAGGACUGGUGGUUUGGAUUAUUCUUGA